AAAAAUAGGGAGAUUAUAUCAAUGGGAUAUACAAAGCCAACUGCCAAAAACUGAAUCAUAUUUAUGUUCCAUUCCCACCAUAGUUUCAAAGGAAAAUAGAGCUUUUCAUAUUACCAUUUUAUAAUCGAAUUCCUACUCCCUUAUGAGUUCCUGUAAAAUUCAAGACUUCAGCUUGCUGCCGCCGGGGUUCGUUGAUCCAGAACAAACAUCUCCCAUUUGGAACAACAAGGCUGACAAUGCAUGGCAGCUCACAGCAGCCACCAUGGUCGGUCUACAAACCGUUCCCGGGCUGGUCAUUCUCUAUGGCAGCAUGGUGAAGAAAAAAUGGGCUGUCAACUCUGCCUUCAUGGCCCUCUAUGGCUUUGCAGCAGCGCUUGUCUGUUGGGUUUUGUGGGCACAUCGUAUGGCAUUCGGCAAACGUUUGUUCGGGAUCGUUGGUAAGCCCGGCCUAGCUCUGUCUGAGACCUACCUUCUUUCACAGUCUACACAAGGCUGUUUUCCGAUGGCUGACUACGUGUUUUUCCAGUUUGCUUUCGCUGCCAUUACUGUAGUGUUGCUUGCCGGGUCCUUGCUGGGAAGGAUGAAUUUUGGAGCAUGGAUGCUUUUUGUUCCAAUGUGGCUUACUCUUUGUUAUACUGUGGGGGCAUUUUGUAUAUGGGGAGAUGGGUUUAUUCAGAAGUACCUAAUUGACUAUGCCGGCGGCUACGUCAUUCAUCUUUCUUCUGGGGUUGCUGGAUUCACUGCUGCUUACUGGGUAAGUAACCUGCAAAACAAGUUUUUACUUUCUCCAUAUCUUUGAUAGUAACGACAGCGACUGAUUUGGUGACCAUGCCCGCAGGUCGGGCCACGACACUCCCAUGACAGGCAGAACUUCCCACCAAACAACAUACUCCACAUGGUUGGAGGUGCAGGGUUUCUUUGGCUGGGUUGGACUGGAUUCAAUGGAGGAGCUCCAUUUGCAGCGAGUCGUAUUACAUCACUGGCCAUUUUGAACACACAUGUUUGCACCGCAACAAGUCUCUUGAUCUGGGUUUCAAUGGACAUCAUAGUAUACAAGAAAAGCUCUGUGAUUGGUGCAGUUCAAGGGAUCAUCACUGGCCUUGUUUGCAUCACUCCUGGGGCAGGGCUUGUGGACACUAUCGCAGCCGUGGUGAUGGGUGUUCUUGCUGGUUUGGUUCCAUGGUACACCAUGAUGGUGCUGCAUAGGAGGUUGGCAUUCCUUCAGUGUGUUGACGAUACUCUGGGCGUCUUCCACACACAUGCUGUAGCUGGUUCCAUGGGGGGACUCCUCACAGGCUUCUUUGCCAAACCCAGCCUUCUGAAAAUGUUGUAUCCAGAUUCCCUAUACGGACCAGGCUUCCUGUAUGCCAUCUCUGAUAAAAAGCUCAAAGACGGCCUCAAACAAAUCGGCAUCCAGUUCGCAGGAGCAGUGUUUAUUACCCUCUGGAAUGCCAUAUUUACCAGCAUUAUAUGUUACCUGAUUAGCCAUAUUGUUAACUUAAGGAUGAAAGAAGAGGACCUGGAGAUUGGUGAUGAUGCAGCUCAUGGAGAAGAACCCUACGCGUUGUGGGGUGACGGUGAAAAGAUGCCAUCUUCAUUUCGUCUUCCACACACACCUAGGUUUCCUUCAUUAUGCAGGUGGGAUUAGGAGUACCAGAUUUUGCAGUAAUUCUUGCUGCUGCUGCAGUCACUCCGGCUCGGGAGUCUUGAGGCAGCAUUUCUGUAAAUACACCUCACCAACAGGAAAAUAAUAACUGUAUUCAUUGUGUAAUGGAAGUUACAAUAUAAAAAUACGAAUUAUUCUCCACCUAGCUACAAUCAGAGAAAUUUUCAAGCACUUUCCCCACUUCAAUAUAUUUUGCAUCUCCUCAUGCUUGUGAAGGGAUAUCAUUUUUUUAUGAGAGA